UAGACGACCCUUGUAACUUGACACACUCACAACAUCUCGUCCAUUAUGAGUAAACUAAAUGUUUAUCGUUUAAGGCUAGUUGUCGCUUUAUUUACCAGCUUGAUCUAAAAAGCGUCACCUACAGAUGCACAUCGAUUAUUUGGUGCAUUGACGGACGUAACGUAACGUCAUGUCGUUUUUGGUGGAUUCCGUGAUUAUGUUCACAUCUCAGGUGUUGUUCUUUGGAUUUGGCUGGCUGUUUUUCAUGCGGCAGCUUUUCAAAGACUAUGAGGUGCGUCAGUAUGUGGUGCAGGUGGUCUUCUCUGUCACCUUUGCUUUUUCUUGUACCAUGUUUGAGCUCAUCAUUUUUGAGAUUCUGGGUGCCUUAAGUAGUAGUUCCAGAUACUUCCACUGGAAGCUGAAUCUUUAUGUGAUUUUGCUGGUUCUCAUCUUUGUGGUGCCUUUCUACAUUGGCUACUUUGUGGUUAGCAACAUCCGCCUGUUGCACAGACAGAGACUGCUGUUUGCGUGCAUGGUGUGGUUUACCUUUAUGUAUUUCUUCUGGAAGCUGGGCGACCCUUUUCCCAUCCUCAGCCCAAAACAUGGCAUUCUGUCCAUUGAGCAGCUCAUCAGUCGUGUUGGCGUGAUAGGAGUCACCCUCAUGGCUCUCCUGUCUGGCUUUGGUGCCGUCAACUGUCCCUACACGUACAUGUCCUAUUUCCUCAGGAACGUGACAGACAGUGACAUCCUUGCUUUGGAGAGGCGGUUGCUUCAAACUAUGGACAUGAUUGUCAGCAAGAAAAAACGCAUCGCCAUGACGCGAAGACAAAUGUACCAGCGCGGGGAAGACCAGAACAAGCAGACGGGUUUGUGGGGCAUGAUCAAGAGCGUCACCUCGCCGCAAACAGGCACCGAAAACCUAUUUCUCAUCCAGCAGGAGGUUGACGCUCUGGAGGAGCUCAGUCGACAGCUUUUUCUCGAGACCGUGGACCUGCAAGCCACCAAGGAGCGCAUUGAGUACUCCAAGACAUUUCAGGGCAAAUACUUCAACUUUCUUGGCUACUUCUUUUCCAUCUAUUGUGUGUGGAAAAUCUUUAUGGCCACAAUCAACAUUGUGUUUGAUCGCGUGGGGAAGACGGAUCCAGUGACCAGGGGCAUUGAAAUAACAGUCAAUUACUUGGGCAUCCAGUUUGAUGUGAAGUUUUGGUCCCAGCACAUCUCCUUCAUCUUGGUAGGCAUUAUCAUCGUCACGUCCAUACGAGGUUUACUCAUCACCCUCACAAAGUUCUUCUACGCGAUAUCCAGCAGCAAAUCUUCCAACGUCAUUGUGCUGGUCCUUGCUCAGAUCAUGGGCAUGUACUUUGUGUCGUCGGUGUUACUGAUGCGCAUGAGCAUGCCGCUGGAGUACCGCUCCAUCGUCACGGAAGUUCUGGGAGAGCUGCAGUUCAACUUCUACCACCGCUGGUUUGAUGUCAUCUUCCUGGUCAGCGCCCUGUCCAGCAUCCUCUUCCUCUAUCUGGCCCACAAGCAAGCACCCGAGAAGCACAUGGCACUGUGACGCACCCCGCCCCGCCUCACCAACCUUUGUACCAUUGGAAUGGUUCCAGCCGCAUGUUCCUGAAUCAGGAAUUUGAAAAGCGGACCCUUAAAUACAGAGUGCGGAAUAAAAGGAUUCUAUUUGUUCUUUGCUGAAAUGUAUGUUUUGUGUGCUACUUUUUAAUUGUUUUUUUAGUCUUAACACUGAAGCUGCUUCUUUUUUUAAUUGUUCAUAACUUUCUUUUAUUUCACCAUGCAUUUGUAAAGCAUUCAAUAAAGGCAGCAGUAUUUGGGAA